CUAUGAGCUAACCUGCGGUCCAGGCUUGAAGAGAACUCCCACUUACUCAAGCCGCCCAUCAAUAACUACUGCGUCUACAAUGGCGAUUUCACCGUCAUGAUCGUAGGCGGCCCGAACGCGCGCACGGACUACCACAUCAACGAGACGCCCGAGUGGUUCUACCAGUACAAGGGCGCGAUGCUGCUCAAGGUGGUGGACGAGGGCGGCGAGUUCCGCGACAUCGUGAUCGGCGAGGGCGACAUGUUCCUGCUGCCGGCGGGGACGCCGCACAACCCGGUCCGGUUCGCCGACACGGUCGGCCUCGUGCUCGAGCAGCGCCGGCCCCCCGGAUCCCUCGACCGCAUGCGCUGGUACUGCCCCGCCUGCCGCGCCGUCGUCCACGAGGCCGCCUUCCACUGCACCGACCUCGGCACCCAGAUCAAGGACGCCGUCGAGCGCUUCCGCCAGGACGAGGACGCCAGGCGCUGCAAGAGCUGCGGCCAGCUUGCCGACUGGCGCCCCGAGCCCGGCUCCGUCCGGAACCCGAACCUCGAGUGACAAAAAGAAAGUAUGAGUAUGUAUGUACUGAAUGUAGUACGUAUGUAUAUACGAACUCGGGCGGGGCGGACUGCUCUCUCUCUCUCUCUGGUUAUCCAAUGCAUGUGCAUACAUGUCCAUGUGUACAUACCUACCAAUCAUUUGCGUCUGUGGUCACACCCACUACCUAGACUCUUCGUCUGCGAGACGCUUCUUUCUGUCUUGAUGUUUCACUUUCGGCGCAGGUGAGGUGGGGGCUGCAUGGCCGGGAACGG